AUGCCACGACCACGGCGGCCAACGAUCGUGCCGGAACCGCCAGUCCCGCGACGACCCGUCUCGCACGAGUGCAUCGAAGGGUACAGCCGGCCCAUCUCGUGGAGGAACCCGCUCGGCUUGCCAGCACCGCUGACAUGGAAGCAGAUGAUUGGCGCGGCAGUGAUUGACGGAGCGGCGAACUUUGGCGUGGCAACGAUCAAGCCGGGCGUCUCGAUCACCAUGUGGGACAUUCGGCAUAACACAGUAGCGGGAGAUUGCGCAGUGACAGUGUUCAUCCAGCUAAUAACUGACAUGCUCGCCAUCGUCCAACAGGGCAUCCUCACCUUCGUCAUCGCGUCAGGGAUGGUGCACGUCGACAUGCGGCACGGAGGAAUCGCUGCGUUCCCGUAUCCUUGGCCCGACACACAAUUCGCCGUCGUCGAAGGCGCCGAUCCCGACGCCGCAAGCUCGCGGCGCUCUUACCUUUGGCGCACUUUCCACCAGCGGCACGGCCUUGGGCGAGGACUUCACUUCUUUUCCGGCAGCCACGUCAACGACAUCUUCAACUUCAGCUUGACACCCCAGCAGUUCGCCGUCCGGCUGUUCUGGAGCGUAUGGAAGGGCUCCGUCCUUUCGGCACUGUACUUCCUCGUCUUGUGGCCGAUCACAAUCGCCAUCAUCGCACCGAUAUGGGGCGGACGCAAUAUGGCUCACACCUGGGCUCCCGAGGCAAUCAAACUCGUUUUUGGCUUCCUCCUCGGCCUCUUGCAGAACCCGAUCUGCGCCAUGAUCGCCCUCGGCUCUGAAGACUCCGUCCGCGACCACCGCCGAGAAGUGCACGACCGCAAUAUCCGCGAGAUGGAGGAGGCGCCGCCAGCCUUGAACACCGAGAUGGAGAGGGUUGUCAGGCCCAAGUCGGCCCAUUUUCGCGAAGGCUGA